AUGACUGGCGACGGCAGGGAGAAGCUCUUCUCAGAGGGGCUCGAAUGGGUUUCGCUUGAGGUUCAAGCUUGGGAAGAGACCCCAGAUGGAUUGAAGUGGUCAAAGUACUCAUACAUGAUUCUUCAUGGCGCAGACUUCACACUAAGAUGGUCUGGCGCGCUUCGUCGCGCGCACUUUCGUAGCAACAUGCGUGAAACCCAAAAGGCACAUAUGAUGGAGAAUCGGGAAUAUGAUGGACAUUGA